AUGGGAACUAAAGGCCGUGAAAAUGAGAUCUACGACAACUUGAUGCGAAACUGGAAAGACGCUGGCGAUUGUGAGGACUUGAAGGAUGCCAAAGACUACAAAAACUUUGAUGUAGAAAAACAGCAAGUCCCUGCGCCCUGUCGUCCCCUGUCUCGUCGCAAUAGGCCCAGAAAAUGGAUCCAAAGGUUAUUUUACCUUGUGUUCUCGAUUUUGACGCUACACGUGGCUUUCAGGCACUUCUCUUUCCCCGUUUGCCCUCACUUACGCUCUAAGGCGUCUUUUCCGUCUGUUCAACAGUCUUUCGAGAUAACAGUUGAGAAAUUACCAAACCAGGAUCCCGUGCAUACGCAACUGCUUCUGACCCACUCAUUUGGAGACUCAUGGGGCAAACCAGCGCACGUCGAGUUUCAUCCUUACAAAAAUGGGCACUACAACAAAGUCGUGUUAGAGCUCGUCACAAACGUCACGGGUACCCAAUUCGAUCGUCUCGUGCAUGUGUUUCUCGACGACAUCAACGUCUGGAGGUCAUCCACAGCUGAGCCCUGGGGCAAAAAGACCAUUGUCAGUGAAUCUAUCAAGGACAUUACCAAAUAUAUUUCGUUAUUCGAGCGAGACCAACUCGAUUUGACAUUACAACUCGACAAUCUCGUUACUUCGAGACUUGAUGGUGUUUUCAACGUACAACUUUUCAUUCACUAUUACAACGAGCCCACUGUAGAGUCAUCGCAGGCGCCCUCGCUGCGGGAAAAAAUGCUCGAGUAUUUUACAAAGCCUCCACAGGAGGUCACUCCAUUGGUCUCGCACUUUGCAAGGACCCCUCUGUUUUACUAUCCGCUUUCUUCUCAAGGAAAUCCUCGGUGGACACGAACACUACCAGAGUUUGAAACGACUUCGAACAUCACCAGAGCAGUCUUGGAGAUUUUCGCCUCUGGAAACGCCGCAGAGGAAUUCUGGUACACUAAUGUAUUAGACCGUUACACAAGCCGUUUCCGUGACUCGGGUCACGAAUUGCUGGGGCAUGGUCCGCUUCGUUUGAUUAGGGUUUAUCUCACUAACUCGGAUGUCUCCCAUCUAGUUGAAUCGUUCAUACCAACCCCAAUAAUUUUUUCUGGCGGUGUUUCUCCACCCCUCUGGAGGCCUUGCGUCGGUAUGCAAGCUUUUGACCUUGAAGCCUACACCAUUGAUUUGACACCAUUUUUGUCAAUCCUCAAAGAGGGCGUCUGGGAACUACAGAUUGAAGUAAUCAGCAGUGUAAGCGAGGAUUAUAAAGCCACCGUGGGUGAAAAUUGGAUUUUAUCAGGCAAUAUCAUGCUCUGGAAUCAAGAGAGCGAUGAAAAUAACGUUUCCUCCGUUUCCUUCGAGAAUUCGACUCUGUCGCCUCCAUUCUUCAAGGUUCUGGCAUAUGAUAGCGAGGACGACAAGCUGUUUCAGAGAGUGGAUGCAAAGGAUGACAUGACUGCCAAAAGUCAAAUUCGAAUUGAUGGGAAGAACUACACCAUGAUUAAAAAGACAGAAAACACGCUUAUGAGCUUACAAGACUAUUCAUCAAAUGGGGAUGUUGAGCAUUUCGAUGUUAUUUUAGAGAGACUUCACAACAUUAGUAUCCUCUCGGAGGUCUCGACAGUUUUUGAGUACAUUGACAAAACUUUCUGGACGUUCCACGGAAGGUUGAAUACCACGUUGAAUGACAACGAUCACUCUGAAUUGAGGUACAAGGCAGAGGUUUCUCGGCUUCUUGACAGGUAUGUGGCUCUCAAUUAUCAAGAGGAGAGCAAGCACACCGACAUCAUUUUGUCGCUUGCGGGUUCACAAUCAGGUAAUUCAACUUAUACGUUAACGCCUACCGGGAACUACGGUAGCGGUGAUAGCCUCCAUAGUGUUAGAGUUCACCGUGAGUGGCCUCAUAGAGAGAGCUACUCUAGGAACGUUGUCGUUGAGGACAAUCGCGUUACUGAGGACAAUUUUAAAAGGUAG